AUGUCCUUCGAGUUUGAGAGACAGCUCAUGGAUCUGCUAGGUGGUGCGGUCAAGACGGAAGACGAGACGGUUGGCUUUCGGUACUUUGAUGCACGCGACGUGCUCGGUUUCGUCGACGGCACGGCUAACCCCGUCGGAUCAGACGUCUCUGAAGCUGUUGUCAUCACUGAACAAGAUGACAAGUCCAAGGCCGCGCCUGGAGGAAGUUAUGUGGUAGUGCAGAAGUAUCUCCACGAUCUCAAGGCGUGGCGCAGCCUGUCUACGGAGAAGCAGGAAGCCGUCAUCGGGCGAACGAAAUUGGACAACAUUGAGCUUCACGACGCUGAGGAUGGACACCAGCAGUCUCACAAGAGCCUAGCAACCAUUGAGGACGAAGACGGAAACGAGCAUGAGAUCCUCAGGGAUAACAUGCCUUUUGGAUCUCCAGCUUCUGGAAAAUUUGGCACCUACUUCAUUGGAUACUCCAAGAAGCUAUGGGUCACGGAGAAGAUGCUUGAGCGGAUGUUCAUUGGCAAUCCGCCCGGGCUGCAUGACAGGAUAUUGGACUUUUCGAAAGCAGUCACGGGUUCCGUUGCGCAUAUCCGAAACUACACUCUACAAUUACUCUACUCCCUCAACAUGGUGACCAUGGCCAUCGCCAAGUUCUUCCCCGUCGCAAAUCUUGCCGGUCUCGCCACCGGACAGACUCUCAAUAUUCCGGCAAGAAGCGGCUCCAUCAUCUCCCUCCCUGCGCCCAGCGUAGUUUCCGGUUCAAAGGACAUGGGGAACAAGGAAUUCGACCGAGGACGCGCAUGCGAGACUGACGUCGAGACACCGGGCGGCCAUCCCGUCUUCAUCCUGGACGACGGCGCGACACUCAGCAAUGCCAUCAUUGGCAUCGGUCAAGUUGAGGGUAUCCACUGUAGAGGUGCCUGCACACUGAAGAACGUCUGGUUUCGUAAAGUCUGCGAUGAUGCCAUCACGCUCGUUGGAAACGGCGACAUCCUCAUCCAGGGAGGAGGUGCACAGUCCGCAGUCGAAAAUGUUAUCCUACACCAAGGCAAAGGGACUGUCACCAUCAAGGACUUCACAGUGGUAGGAUCGAACCGGCUUUACCGUGCUUGCGGUGACUGUGCAAACAACGGAGGGCCUCGCAAUGUCGUCAUUGAAAAUGUUAAGGCGAACAACGUCAAGCUUUUCACCGGCAUCAACUCCAACUUCGGGGACAUUUCCACCGUGUCCAACUCAUGCGGUGCAGCGGUGACGAAGGUGUGCCAGGAGUACAAGGGAGUCCAGAAGGGACAGGAGAGCUCGAAGGUGACGACUACGGCUAAUUGCAAAGGUCAGACAGCUCUCGGCGCAUGCUAG